ACAAGAAGAUGGUUGAUGGAAGCUGACGAAUCACAUCUGAAAAUUACUUGUUUACUGACCAUUGUGCAUAAUUGAUAUGGCUACCGUGGAUGACAAUGCCCUUGCCAAAUUUCUGUCCAGAGUGGCAGACAAAAUGGAUGAGGAAAAAGACAAGAUGGAAAAAGAAAAUAAAGAAGCUGAAAAACUUAAAAAGGAAGCAGCUGCCGUGCUUGACCUUGAUCUUGAUGAAUUCACGUUUGAGAUCGGCACACAAUCAGGUCCCUUGGAUUUAUCUGGUAAUGCAGCAUCUGGAAGCAAGUCGGGAUCUAAACCUCAGACUGGCGCAGAUGCUGAGUCUUUGGAGGACUUGGUAACAGGACUACAGAGCCAGAUCAACAGUUCUGAUUCCUGGCUCACUGAGAACACUGCCACCAAGUGGAAGACAGACAACCCAGAACUGGCAGAGCAGUACCUGAAGGCUAUGGAACAGGAUAAAGACAAGGAAUUCUGAUCAUACUGCAGGACUGUAUCUGUACAGACGAGAAGGAUCACAAGGAUAGUGCUGGGAAGUAAUAGAACAUCAAGAAGUUGAAAAGUUCUCGUCAGACUUAAUGGGCAUAAAGCUGAUGGUCACAACGAACAGAGUGAUGCUUAUACUCAUUAAUUUGAGUGCUUCAGAAUGUGUUUAGAAAGCGUUUUACAGUAUUAUUAUAGAACACAGCUGUGUAAAAUCAUGAUGCUUUUUCGUCAUGAAUGAAUUCAUGUGAAAGUUGAACGAAGUAAAAACAUGUUAGAUAUAACAUAAGAUAAAAAGCAGAGACAAUUGUUGAGACAAAAUUUAUUGUAUUGGGUAUGUGGACUAAAUACAAUUCUAGGGUUUGUAUUUUUAUGUUGACUUUUUUAACACAAGUAAUUCUUUAAUUCCAACUUUUCCUGUGGAACUCAUCCACAUUUUAAUAGUCCACCUCCAUCUCUUAGUCAUGGAAUGUGCCAACAUUUAGGAAAUAUACUGCAGGAUUCAUCUUAAAAAAUCACUUUUUUGUUUUUGAAAUAUAAACUGUAAGUUUAAUACAUUUAAUCAGUACAACUUUGAAUGGCAAAAACAAUAUAGGUAGUGAUAUUCCUGUAUUAUUGCCUAGAUAACUUGUACCUUUCCAUUGUACUUCCAUCUCAUGUGGGUGGAUUUCCACAUAUUAACAUUAAGUUGCUCUUGUUUAUGCAAUGCAGCAAAAAAGUGAUUUUUUAAUUUUUCAAGUCUAACAUUUCAGGCAUAUUAAAAUUGUCAGAUAUGUAAUACAGACCUGGACAUCUCGACCAAAGUUCAUCAGAUUAGUAGGUUUGUCCAGAUGAAAUGAAUAAACAAAUGUGAAUGCAGUCAUGAA